CCUGAAUCCUCUUCCUCUGCUCCACCUGCAGGCUCAGAGCCGCCCCUCUCCCCCUCAGAGCUGGACGGGGGCAACCUGGACCCCAGGGUGUUCGACCAGCUGUGCAGGAGGAUCCGGCUGAAGAACGACAGCCUGUGUCCACGGCGCCAGGACACAUGCUGGGCCUCCGAGCUGGUCAACCACCUGGUGGGGCAGCUGAUGGACUUCCUGAAGAACAACGAGGAGCAGCCGUACUUCAGAGACGUGACCAAGCUCACCACCGGCAGCUACUACGAGAUGGUCAAGAUCCACAACCCCAACGAGUUUGACGUGAUGCUGCUGCUGCCCGCGCCGCGGCUGGAGCUGACGGAGCUGCGCGGCUUCUCGGGGCUCUACUACCAGCUGGCCGUGGUGCGGGCGCCUCGCACCCCCCUCCGCGCCUUCCUGCUGCCGGACGGCCGCAGCAUCUCCGCCACGCGCAUCCUGCAGGACACCAGGGGCCUGGUGAAGACGUUCCUCAGGACCUACAGGGGUGAGUCCCGCCACGCGUCCCGCGGGCGCUGGCUGAUGGACAGGAAGCGGGCGAGCUGCCCCGCUGUGACCCUGACGCUGCACAGCCCCGAGGCCGCUGAGCCGAUCAGCCUGGACAUCGUGCCCACGCUGGAGGUGCCCGCGGCGCAGGGCUGGCCGGGGGCGGCGCGCGGAGGCCUGUGCGUCCAGGACUGGCUGGGCAAGAAGGCACGGCGCCACUUCAUCAGCCAGGCCUUGUACUUCGUGCCCAAGCAGCCGCCAGGCCGCCAGCGGGGCGAGGAGGCCAAGGGUGAGUGUGGACACCCCUGUACCCCCUGCGCCCCAGCUCUCUCAGUGUGGACACCCCUGUACGCCCUACGCCCCAGCUCUCUCAGUGUGGACACCCCUGUACCCCCUGCGCCCCAAGUCUCUCAGUGUGGACACCCCUGUACCCCCUGCGCCCCAAGUCUCUCAGUGUGGACACCCCU